CAUUGCUGCUGGCAUCAUCAUGGCAGAAGUCCAGCGGAUUCUGAAGUCGCGAACGCAUUACCAUGUGCUGGGCUUCGAUUCCGUGCAUUAUGUGGAACUGUCGGCCGUCCGCAGGCAGUACAAAGCCCUCGCGCGUCAAGUACACCCAGACAAGUGUCCACACAAAGACGCCGAAGACGCAUUCAAGCGACUAAGUGUGGCGUAUGAAUGCCUAUCGGACGAGGCGUUGCAACACGAAUACUUGGCCAAGACUUCUGGCUCCAAGAAGCGCCCACGUCCGCCACAGGCUCGACCGCCUACUUCCAAACCAGAAACCACCACAACGACCAAACAACGUCCAAGGAAACCCCGCACUGCUGCCGACAUCUACGCCGACUUUCUCAAAGAAGAGGAGCGCCAGGCCGAACUUGACUUCCUUAAGCGCGGCUUCGAGCGCACCUUCGACGACACCCGCGCCAGCCGUCCGCCGUCACCGCCGCCAGUUCACUCGGACGAUUUCGUGGCCGACAUCUUGUCGAGUGGCCUUGAGUCCAAGCAAGCGAAAUGGGCGCAGUUUGCAAACCCCACGUCCUCCCACCUCAGCAAUAUUCCGUCCGUGCCCACGGCAGGUCCACAGAAAGAAGUUCCGAAGUGUUGCUUGCUGUGUCGACGCAAGUUUCCGUCGCUAGCCCAGUUGGCGCGACACCAAGCAGAAUCCAAACUGCAUGCCGCCAACAUGGCUAAACAGAAGGAAUAAUAAAUAUGCCACCUUUCCCUGAUACUGAUAAAACUGGGGUAUUCCAUGGACAUAAUAUAUUAAUU